UUGUAAGACUGUAAUAAUAUAUUAUUAUCAAUAACACCCUAAUCCCAAUCGUCAUAAAUUAGAUGACUAUGUUGUGUAUUCUUUAUCACAGACGGGUGACAAAGACGUGAUGAUGUGUGCCAGGAAGGUGGUGUUGGCUGCACAACAGAGCUGCAUACAGGAGAUUGAUUUUCCAGCGUUCAAGACUCCCGAGAUACUGCAGACUUUAGACUCUCUGGUUGGAAUAACAUCCGGUAGAAUCUACCUAGCUUACAACACCAAAUGGUGGAAGACCGGCAACCCUGACAUCACCCACACCAAGAGUGACCUUCCCAACAGACAGACCUAUGACUGGUCCACCGGCACAAACAACGUCUCCAUCAUCAUGGCGUCCUACCACGACGGGGGCAUGGCCCAAUACUGGCGAGAGUUAAGUCAGUUUGGGACGCCAAUCCCUGGCAGUCUCCCCGGAGUGAAUGUUGUCACGGACGUCGUCAAGAACAGAGCUGAGAAGUACUUAAGCGCCAUCUACAACGUCAGCCAAUCUGAUAUCCCCGAAGCUGUUGGAGGCGCAAUGAUGAUGUGGGACACAUAUCCGUUCAACUAUGGGUGGAACCUAUUUAAGCCUGGUGUUGACGAAAGAAAGACUCGAGAAGUAAUACCCAAACCGUCCCCAUCCGAUGACGUGUACAUCGUCAGCAACUCCUGGGCUCGUGAUGAUCUGCAGGGCUGGUCAGAAGGAACGUUGAUAGCGGUCGAUGAAGUCAUCAAUAAAUAUUUCAAAGGAAUGUAAUAAAAACACCUCUGAUAAUAUAUCUUACAUACCUAAAUAACCAGUUGCAAUAUAUAAUUUAUUCUAAUCAGAUACGUUUGAAUACUAAUCAAAUGUUUGUUCAUUUUCACGAAUGGCCCUUAUAAUGGUGCUUUUAUAAAGCCUUUCUGAAACAAUAUUUUGUUUUGUUCAUGAUGUAUAUGAGGACAUGAGUCACACGACCAAUUUGUCUCGUGAAGCCUCUGAAGUGCUGUGAGACAGAAUAGUGUUUUACUAGUUUAGUGUUUGCUAUAUAUUUACUUGUUACUGGAUCAGAUAUAAUGUUUGUAUUAAACACAUAUCUAUAUCCUCCAUGAGCGUACUUGUCACAUCAUUCCCCGAAG